AUGGCAUUGGUUGAAAAGAUUGAGAAUGAUGUGGCGAUCAAAUCCUCUGCUGAUAACUUUUUCAAAGUUCUUAGCGUCGAAGCUCACCAAAUUCCCAAUGCUUCCCCUGAAAAUGUCCAUGCCGUUGAGGUUCAUGAAGGUGACUGGGUAACCGCAGGCGCUGUCAAGCUCUGGACAUAUACUAUAGAUGGAAAGCCAGAGGUUAUGAAAGAGAAGAUUGAAGUAGAUGAAGCCAAUAAAAAGGUAACUAUGGUUGCCGUAGGAGGGCAUAUCCUGGAACAGUACAGGAGCUAUAAGCUUACCCUCAAGGCUGUUGCAAAGCCUGACGGAGCCGAUCUUAGAAUUGUUUUCGACACCGACGUAAACCGAAGUGGUGUAGUUGACAAGGAAGGAAACCCGAUUAAUGGUGACAGGCUUAUAGCACUCAUGUCCGCUAUUGUGUUGAGAGAACAUCGUGGAACUACUAUAGUGAUCGAUGCACAUACAAGCAUGGGACUAACAAGGUUUAUUAUUGAUAAAGGAGGUCAACAUUACUUGUAUCGAGUUGGUUAUCGUAAUGUGAUUGAUAAAGGAGUCCAACUUAAUAAGGAUGACAUUGAAUCCCAUCUAAUGAUGGAAACAUCUGGACAUGGUGCUCUUAAAGAGAAUUAUUUCAUAGAUGAUGGUAGGCCAUGUACUCAAGAAUCAAAAUCAUCAUAA